AUGACCCUCCAGAUGGCGCUAAUCCCUGGCGCGCCGACCCUUGGCCACUUUGACGACACGUCACAAUCGGCAGGCGCAAGACACCAACGGGCCAUACGGACGGGUGCUGGCUGUCCUGUUAUUCUUCUUCGUCGCCAGGCGAGCUACCCUGGAGCACGAACGGUGCUCCGGCCAGUUGGCGGUCUGCCGGUUUCUGACGAUCAGCGAGACAUGCAAAGCCCGCGGCGCCAGAGCCAACAGGAGCUGAUCGUGCCUUGCAGUGUGCUCAUGCUGUAUGCGAAGAAAGACAUGCGUCUUCGGGCGGAAGCCUCUGGUGGUCAAGCACCCCUUCAGAUCAAGCUGGCUGUUCGUGCCGCCCGCGUAGUCGUCCUCGGAGGCGUGGUGAUGGCGCUGGCAAUGUCCCUGGCCACUUGGUACCCAUCGCACUUGCGAUUCAUUCGCGCGUUCGCCCUCACUGGCGGUGCGCUUGUUCCGUACCUCCCUUCAGCAUGUCCGAGACCACACCGAUUCUCGGGAGUCGGCUUAAAGAAUGGCCACCUAGAACUCUUGCUGGGCGGCCACUACGCACUGUGCGUCAUCGCAGCAGUGUUGGCCGCCAUCUCAGAAAUCACUGAUAUGUUCAUGAAAUUCUACUGGGAACUACGAUGGCAAGCGCACUGA